UGCAACCAAACCCAACAACAACGAGUACUUUGCUUACGCACGAAACUAAAUACACCUUCAGAGACUGUCAAACAAAAAUACACCUUCAAGACUAGCUUGAGGUAAAAAGCCACAGCCUCCACGCCGGCGACCGAUCAAUCAAUCCCCCAGAUGUCGGAGAUCGCCCCAUCUCCUGCUCCAUCGCCGGUGCCGGCGACUCGCCAGAAAUUGUCAGUGUUCGAGCCGUUAGACGCACGCAUCAAGGAGCUGACCUCGUCGCAGGCGGAGUUGCUGGGCAGGAUCCAGACUCUCAAACAGGAGGUUCAGAAAUGGCGCUCCAAUGUAGAGGCACAGAGCAGGACAUUGAAAACCGAGCUUCUGGACACGAAGGAGGCACUCUGCUCUGAAGUGCAACACCUGAAAUCGGACAUCAAAGAAAUCAGGUCUGCGGUCCAGGAAGAGAAUGACAGUUUAAAAGCUCCUUUCAGAAAUUUGGAGGAGAGCAAUGAAGAAACAGAACAAGCCCGACAGACCCAAGAUUGACGGCGGCACACAUAUGGAACAAAAAAAAACUGGAGUGCAAGCAUGAAUGUGUGAUCCUCUAUUUCAAACAAAACUUGUUGUGGUUGAGUGGAGGUUCAACUUCGUUCUGUGGACUAAACAAAGAAGCUGGUAAAUACGUCGACAUGGACUAGGUAGAUACAUAGUACAUCACAUACCAGUAUCAGCAAACUGAAGUGUACUGAGCUUCAAAUCUUGUAGGCGUCAAAUAUUACAUGUACAAGAGUUGCUUGAUUUGUAAUUAUUCUACAUACGUUUUUAUUUGAAAAAGAUACUUACAUUAACAUAAGAAUUCCAUGCAUACUCUGUACCAAAUAUUUUUAUUGACGAAUUGAACAUUACAUAUCCAUGUGUUA